AUGACCCUGUCGCUUGUGGGCGAGAUUUUAUUUUACGGCUAUGAGAAAGGAGAUUCUGUGCUUCAGCCUUUAUGGGACUAUCUGCGGCUCCAUCAUUCCGGCACUCUGAGAUCCCCUCUUUUCCCCGUCGUGUUGACGGUGUCGUCGUACUUUGUGUUCUGCUUUCCCUACCUGUUCUGUGACAUUAUGGGAGAAAAGUGGCCGUCGAUCCACCGUUACAAGAUCCAGCCAAGCAGGACUCCCACACCUGCAAUGCUGCUUCACUGCACUGGAAUCACUUUGCGUAACCAUCUUUUUCUGGUAUUUCCAGCUGCCGUGGCCCAGUGGGCAUGGAGACCACCUGUUCCUUUACCGGAGCGAGCACCAACUUUGUGGGAGCUCAUAGGUGGAGUGGCGGGUAAUCUUCUGCUUUUUGACUUGCAGUAUUUUAUAUGGCACCUGCUGCAUCAUAAAGUGCGCUGGUUGUACGUGACUUUUCAUGCCAUCCAUCACAACUACUCCGCUCCUUUCGCCCUGGCCACACAAUGUCUUGGAGGGUGGGAGCUUGUCACGGUGGGCUUCUGGACCACGCUCAAUCCGCUGUUGCUAAAAUGCCACCUGCUCACGACGUGGGUUUUUAUGGUGUUGCAUGUUUAUGUGUCAGUGGAGGAUCACUGUGGGUACGAUUUCCCCUGGUCCACGUCUCGACUAAUUCCCUUUGGGAUUUACGGAGGGCCUAACAAACAUGAUGUACACCAUCAGAAACCUAAUACAAACUUUGCACCUCAUUUUAGUCACUGGGACCGACUGUUUGGAACACACGCUGACUUCAGCUUCGCUACAGCUAAACCAAGACAGUAA